AUGAAAUCUCUUCUUACACUUAUCACCUUAGCCAUCGCCACCACCAACAAUGCAUCACCCCACCAGCACCCAAAAAGGGCCUCCUGGACCACGCUCCCAUCCAUACCCCUCUUCCCUCGGCAAGAACACACAAUCAUCUACCUCCCCACCACUGGCAGUAUCUACAUAAUCGGCGGCAUGGUCCCCGACAACGAUAGCUACCCCAUCCCAACCACCUCACUCGUCCAACGUUACGCUCUCUCAUCAUCAACAUGGUACGAUGUGAGCUCCAUCCCCACAGCAAUGAACCACAUCAACGCCGCCGUCGUCGAUGGGAAAAUCUACGUGCUAGGAGGUAUGGUGCCAUCUCCCGAGACACCGAUAGUUUUCUGGGACGCGGCACCCGAUUCCUUCGUUUACGAUCCCGUAAGUGACUCCUGGGACAGACUACCUGAUAUGCCUGAUUACCGAGGGGCUUCCGUCACAGCGGUGAAGGGAAGUGUGAUUUACCUCGCGGGCGGAUUGAAGAGUUUGGGUGCUGAGCAGGAUACGGUUGAUACGACUACUUCCUAUGAUACAACCACUGGCCGUUGGAGUACCCUCCCCCCGCUACCUGCACCUAGAGACCAUGCAGCCGGUUCGAUGGUGGGUGGUACGUAUUUCGUCCUUGGAGGGCGAUCGUUUGGGCAGUUUAAUUGUAAUGAUACGGUUUUUGCCUUGGAUCUACUGGAUGUCGCGAAAGGCUGGACGACGAAGAAUGGGAGGAUGCCAACGCCUCGAGGUGGCAUUUCUGCGGGUCUGGUUGGGGAGAAGUUCUAUGUUUUUGGUGGGGAAGGGAAUCGGGAUGAGGGGUCGGAUGGCGUGUUUAAUCAGACGGAGGUUUAUGAUGUGGUGAGUGAUUGCUGGGAAAGUCUGGGGCCUAUGGACCUCCCUCGUCAUGGGACGAGUGCUGUUGGGGUUAAUGGGUCGAUUUAUAUUCCGGGGGGUGGAACUAAGAUUGGUGGUGAUGGACCUGUGGAUUUCUUCAGUGUUUUUGAACCAUGAAUACUCGUAGUCUUUUAAAAUGGGAGAUGCUUUUGCCUGUGAAGUAAAUCUGUUUUGAGAAAUCGAUGUGUUUAAGUAUGUGCUUUACAAGGAAAAUAGGUAUGCUUCUAGCCUGCUGUGUUAGGUUCUUAGAACUUUAAGAUUUCACCUGUGUUUUGUAAGUCUACUAUCUCUAUUGAACGUUGGAAACAAAUUGUUAAGUCUUACCAGAAAGAAUCCGCCAUUUUCAAAGCCCCCAAUAAGAAGACCCCCUUUCUCGAGUCUUAACCAAGGAUUUCAUAGUCAAAAUAAGCAUUUCGCUACAGUUCUCCAAAGACACACUCGCUCCUUUCCCCAACCCAGACACAUCCAAAGACACACUCACCCCCUCUCAACCCUCCACCAAUCAACCCUCGCCUAACCCACCGCCCCACAACCCCCCAAAACUACAAAAACAACAUCAACAUCACCCCAUAUAACCAAACCCCUCCCAAGAAAACCUGGUAAACCCAGUCAGCAAAAGUAUGUCCACCCAAAAGCACCGCACACAAGCCGUUACCCCCGCCUCCCCCCACUGCCGCCGCACUCCUCAAAAGAAUUUCAAGAUAAGUUUGUUUUUCCGCUUCGUGAUAAUGUGGUGCUAAGAAUUAUUAGAAUGGUUUAGAAAAAAAGAAUGUAAAGAUUAAGUACCUCUUAUAAUUCCACCAGAUUUGGUGGGUUUAUCCUGAGAGGGGCCUCAGUGUCGGCGAGCCUGAAGGUUUUGUUAUUAUAAAGAACGUAAUGAUGUUCAAUAGAGAGAGGUAGUAGAUGAUAAGUCUUUGAUUGUAAGAACAGCUAAGGCUGCGGACGAAAUCGUGAGAUAAAAAUCGUCAGUGAGGUCGUUCUAGAGCCAACUAAUGCAGAAAACUAAGUUGCUAUAAAUAUAUAACUCAACGAUUCAAAGUAUAGUAGAUGUUUCUAUUUUUACUAUGUAUACUCUAUCAAU